AUGAGUGGAAAGAAGAGUUUAGAUUAUUCAGUAGUAGAUAAUUUCCAAAAUUGUAAAAUACCGCAAGAAAUUGAAGAUGAAAUUCUGGAAACAUUUGCUAAAUAUAGCAUAGAACAUGAUAUGGAUACGACAGAUCUUAACAGUUAUUUUGAAGAUUUACAAAUGCCUCAUGAAUUAUAUAAAUUGGUUAGAAUCGAGGAUGUUGUAGUUGAGGAUACCAAAGUGAUAGAUUUUGAUAAAAUUGUCAAAGUUACCUACCAUUUAUUAAUAUAUAUGAAUAAUGAUGAUAUUAUUACUUCGUUUUGGAAUCUUUUGGUAAAAAAUUCUGGCAGGUUAGAUAAUUUUCCUAAUGUGAGAUUAAAGGACCAUGUAUUAAGUGUUAAGGAUUUACAAAAGAUUGAUACUCUUUUAAAUAAUAAUGUGAUUAGUAGUAAAAGCAACAGUAAGCAUUUUGAUAUUAUAGGAAUGAUGUCCUGUGCCACAGGUGGCUCAAGGGUAUAUAUGACAUAUCUAGAUUUUGCUAACGUUUUAGGAAGAUUAGGAUACCUUCAAUUCUAA